GCCUCCGAUUCACGACAUUCAUUUUCGGUGGUGCACGAACGAGGAAGCGGCGUGUUGACGCGACAAAGCUUUUGGGAAGCUCCGGUAAACGGCUUUCCACGAGCUAACACUUAUACAGGUGCUUGACUCUGUGACUGCAGCACCGAGGCUCUGUGUUUAUUCCUAAACAGAGCUUUAACGACUACUGUUCCUGUGUUCUCUGUGACCCAAGAAGGACCAACACGAUGGGUUACAGUGUCCGCACGGUUCUGGACUGGGCCUACGGCGGGGUAGACCCCAGUAUCCCCGGGAACGGGGGUCAGGAAUGCUGCGAUUUUAUCGGACUGAAACAGCGGCUCAUCGAGACCACUUUCUUCAUGGUACUCGGAUCGGCUCUGCUGUACUUUGGGUACAGGAGCAUAGCACGGGCUCCGGGACUGCCGUCUAAGUAUGACAGGACAGAUCCCACGAUAAAACGUGCACUGCUGGUCAUGUUGUGUCUGACGUACGGGAUUGAGACGGGGUUCAAGUUUGCCAGUGGAGAGGUCAUCUAUCUGUUGAACCCUUGCCAUAUUGUUACUAUGGUGCAGAUCUACCUGCUAGCUGCUCCACCCAGUCAGACAUCUACUGUUGUAUUCAGACUGGGUAUGCACUGGGGACAUGGUCCUAUCCUGGCCCUGCUGUUUCCUGUCCUCAACACCAGACUGCUGCAAUUUGAACCAGAGGUGUACUACAUUCAACAUGUUCUGAUCUACUUUGUGGUUCCACCAUAUCUCUUAUGGAUGGGAGGAGCAUAUACCAUUGAGAGUGUAUCAGACCUGAGGUGGUCUGUGAUCUCCCUGGGAAUCCAGUAUACCUACCACUUUGGACCACUGCAGCUAUUUGCUUUCCUGACCCAGGUGAACCUAAACAACAUGCUCUGUCCAGCCAUCUCAGACCCGUUCUACGGCCCGUACUGGCGCUGUUGGUCACUGUUCCACCAGCCAGUCCUAACUUUCUGUCACAACAAGAUCUACACAGCUCUGGUCAUGGCCAUCCUGAGCCUGUUCCGCACACCAUCCAAGGUCAAUGGCGAUGCUGGAAAGUUAGAGUGAGGUGAUCACGAUGAGAGAAGAAAUCUCUGGCUUUGACUGUUGUCACAGUUUAACAACACUGAUGAACUCAGUUGUAGACUCAUUUUUUUACUAUACAAAGCUAUACGUUUACAAUUGAAUGUUACCAUAGCAGCAUUUCUGUUGGUUUGAUUUUGAACACCUAAAGUUUUGGAUUACUACACUUUUAGAAAGACUGAAGUUACCUGAAAGAUAUCUAGAAUGGUUAACCCAGGUAACCAGCUAUAGAGUGGUAGAGACAAUAUUUGGGGUACUUUCAAGUGAAUUAUGCUGAUCUGUGUUUGCUGGAGUCUGCAUGCAAUGUUGAUAAUAUAGUCUUGUGUAAUAUUUGUAAAAGCUUGCUCUAGAACUGGUACAUACAUGUACUUUUAGAUGUUUGAAAUGAAAUGAAGAUUAACAAAAUACAAAUGGGAUUUUCUCUCACAGCUUAAGCCUGGGCUCUUACACUUAGAUGUAUGGGGAGAAUUUACUGUCCAACCAAUCUUAAGAAUUGCCAAACAAGAGGGAAAAAAAUGUUAUAAAUUUUUGCAAUAUAUUUUGCAAUAUAUAUUGCCAUGCAUUUCAAAAGAUGAAGGAGCUGAGUUCUGAGAUCAAUCUUGAAUAUUUCUCUGCCAUACAGAAAAUUAUAGUUUUUCAUGCAGACAAGAGUGUAGAAUUUGCUAAGGAAAAGACUACAAAUUAUUUUCAUAGAUAUGUCAAGACAUGAAAUGUCCCUUUGACCGUUUUAUAUAGGAGAUUGUACAAAGGUAAAGAUGUGUCAAAACAAUCAUGAAAGCUAGUCUAAGGAUGCAAAAUAUCUGUGUCAUACUUGGUCAAAUGUAAGCCAGCAAGUUUGAAAUCCCUAUCAAACACAUCAUUAGUUUGUAUCAUACUUAUAUCAACUGCUUACAGGCAAAAUAAUGCAGCCCCAGAUUUCAGCAUUGAAGGUUUCAACAUUGUAUUGUAAAGGGUGAGCAAAGAGUGCUUUGCCAAUCAUGAAAUCCAUGCACGUAGCUCUUUCCUGAAGUCAACUGUUGGCUAAAAAGUGGGAUACACAAAUGGCUUGCUAUUGGUCAUCGCAGAAGUUUUUUAAUUGAAGAUCUCACACUAGAUCUGCUGUUAUUAGCUACCUGCCUGUGCCAACUAUUGUUACAUUGAAUAGAAAAUGGACCAUUAAGUUUGUGUACUGUGUAUACAUGUAUGUGGACAUUUAGGCAUUGCUGAAAUCAUGCCUGUAAUGAUGAUCUGUCCAUGUGUGUAGACUUACCAUAUCAUAACAACUGGAAAGUAGUGCCUUGAUGUUCUGAGUAAAAGGUUAUCUUUUUUUUUUACAUUUUGUAUUAUGCACCAUCUUUCAAGAUGGAAAAGAUGCCUAGUUAUGUACCAAUUUGUAACAAAGUACAUGUUACAAGCACACUAUAUAGCUGGUCAUGACAUCUUUUUCUUUCAUAUUUGUAAGUGCAAUGUUGCCUAUUGUAUAGGAUUCAUCCCUGGUCAGUAUAAUGACCCAUGGAGGCCACAGGUACAAAAUGUAUGCCUUAUACUUACACCUGUACAACCUUUCUGACAGUCGGCCAUUUUAACUUAGUGAAGUGAAAAAAUUGCUGGCCCUGUGUUCGUAAGACUUUGAUACCCCAAGCAUUGGUGAUGUAAACUGCAAGGUGCAUACAAGUGUGCUCUAGGGCUAUGCUGUGAUUAUGCAAGUUCUUGUGCCUGCCAAGUGUGUCUUAUACACUGCUGUACUUCAAAGUGAUCUUCUUCGGUGCAUUGUGCAAUGUACCCAUCACUUGUAUAAUGUGAUGGUUUUAUAGCAAGAUGUCAGAGUAACAAUGCCUGCUGAAAUAUUCUAUGAAAAAAAUUGCACACUUUGAUGUCUAGAAUACUGAAACCUUUAAUGUUAAUGUCAUGUUCACUUGCCAUUGACUUUGUAAAUGCAGCACAAUACAAUGCAUGCAUUCUGAAACUUAUAAUGAAAUGGGGGAAGACACUGGAGUCAAAAUUAUAAUAUUACAAUUGCAUGUACAAUACUGUCCAUUAGUGUGAUCAAGAAAAGUU